AUAAACUGAAAGAGUAAAAUGUUCGGACUCUUUGGGAAAAACAAACCUGUAAAAAUUCGAGGCUACGGUGGGGACAGAAAAUACGGAGUUGCCGCGAAAAAUGUGAAAGAGCUGAUUAAAAAGGGCUGUACGCUGUUACAGGUACCACUUUCUGGUGCACGUGUUUGUUUAUAUGAAGAUGGGACGAUAGUGACGCAGGAGUUCUUUCCAACCCUGCCAGAUAACAGCGAGCUGGUUCUUCUAUCAAAGGCACAGACAUGGAGUGGAGUUCUGUGUGACAUUGGUCAGUUGCUGAGCACAGAUCGCCACGCUGACGCUCUCGUUGAAGCAGCGAAAGGUCUUCUUUCUGAUGAGAAAUCUUUCAAGAAGCGUAAAGUCCUGAUUGACCUGCUGCAGAACCUGGAGGACACAUCUGAUCUGGAGAGCAGGGAUGAGGACGCAGACUGGUUCAAUGGUGUUGAUGCUCGAUUCAAAACAAAGUCAGCCUACAUGAAGUACAACUGUGAAAGCAGAAUACGAGGCUACAUGAAAGAGGUGGGUGACGCAACAAGAAGCAUACAGAAAGCUAAAGUGAGGGCAGAGUUUUUAAAGACAUCAAAGUGCCUGGUUGAGAUGCUGAAAAAUGACAAAUACAACGGGAAAUACUUUGACAGGACUGAAAACGAGUAUGGUCGCCUCUGCACUAGAGAAGGAUGGUUUACCUGUCAGGGAUCGUUUGAUCAGAAAUUGUGCCAGUCGCUCCAUUCAAUCAACCCGUACGGCAGCAGAGAAAGCAGGAUCGUCUUCGGCACUUGGAAUCUCGAUCACAGGAUUGAGAAGAAGAGGACUAUCAUACCCUCUCUGCUGGAGGCUCUGCAGAAUCAUAAGACCACAGACAUAAACUUGAUAUACUUCUACCAAAUGCUGUUCACCAGGGAGAACCUGAAGUUGGUCCACAUCGCUUGCCACAAAAAGGGAGCUCACAACCUGUUGUGUGACACCCGUAAGAUGUUCAGGACUGGCAAAAAUGCAAAACAAGAUACCACUGUGAAGAAAAAGCGCCUCAUCUAAAUGGAUUUUUUUUUAUUUUAUUUUUCUCAUCUGUUUUUAUUAGCUGUCAGAUUCUAUUGAACACAAUGAAACAGUUUCAAAUCAUGAAAACAUUUUAUUGUAUUAUGUGGCACAGCAAUGUCAAAUAUAUGGAUGGAUUAAGAAGAUUGCCCAGAAGAGAUAUUCAAUCAGUCAGAGUUACAUGAUAUGUUCAUUCUUUUUACAUAAAUAAGGCAGUAAAACAUACAGUAUUUGUCUGAGUGGUCAGAUCAAUCAGUUAUAUACAAAACGACCUGUAGCUAUACUUCUAGUGCAAUUAGUUAACCUGCUUCGGUUAUAUUUCUCAAUCAAGUUUGUUCAACUAAUUACCUUAAACUGCAGAUUCUUGGGCAGAAAAAUCACAACUUUGUCAUCUUAGAUUUUUUGCAAGUCUAAACAGCAGGAAUAUUAUAAAGAAUAAUUAGCUGCA